CAAAGGAGAUUGUUCUCUUUUUUUUGUAAGAAUUUUGAGACUUCUAUUUCAAUAAAACCAACACCAAGAAAAGCAAAAAAAAAAAAGAGAAAAAUAAAACUUCCAUCUUGGCGGGAAAGCUUAACGUAUUGUGUUGUAUCAAUGGCGGAUCAUCAUCCGACACUUGGUCCAUCCAGUUUCUGGGCUCAGGCAAACGCUCUUCUCAGAAAGAACCUAACUUUCCAGAAAAGGAACAUGGGGACAAAUAUUCGGCUGAUUUCCUUCCCACUUUUUUUCUGUAUACUGUUUGUUUUGUUGCAAGAAUUGGUGGACAGUCAACUAAACAAUGCGGAUAAUCGCUGUGGGUGUGCUUGUGUUGAAGCAAGCGGAAAUGGUCAAUGCCUGAGGAGAGAAUGUGGGUUACAGUACUCAACAAUGGAUCAAGCGUCGAGUUGUCCAAUUCCUAACCCUCCGGGAUGGCCUGCACUUUUACAAAUUCCAGGGCCAAACUAUCGUGCAGUGAGAACUGAUUUAGUUAUGUCUGCAGACCUGCCAAAUGAGUCUUGCAAAAGUACAGGGUCUUGUCCUGCAACUACAUUUUUCACGGGGAAUAAUCAAUCACUUGGAGAAAUUUUGACGGGGAGUAUGUUCUCAACUUCUUUCAAUAUAAAUUCCUCUGAUCUUUUAGGCAGUUUGGCCACUGAUGUCCUGGGUACAGAAACAUAUCCUGAGGGUUACAAUUAUAUUGAACCUGCUUUUGCUUCGGCUCUUCCCAUUUAUAAUGUUCAAAGCCAGUGCUCAUCGAACUCAACAUUUUCUAUUCUCAUCAAUCAACCAUCCAUAACAAGGGAAAUAGAGAUAAGAUGUGUACAAGGUUUAUACCUAUGGCGCAAUAGUUCUUCUGAGGUGAAUGCUGAGCUGUAUAAAGGUUACAGAAAAGGGAACCCAGAAGAGAAGAUAAAUGAGUUUGUUGCAGCAUAUGAUUUCUUGAACUCAGAUGGCAAUAAUUUUAAUAUGAGCGUCUGGUACAAUUCUACCUAUAAGAAUUACUCAGCUGGCAGUCCAAUGUCAUUGCUGCGGAUCCCCCGGUCUGUAAAUCUGGCAUCCAAUGCCUACCUUCAGUUUCUGCAAGGGGCUGGUACAAAAAUGCUAUUAGAGUUUGUGAAAGAAAUGCCAAAACCUGAAACUGAACUCAGGAUUGAUUUGUCAUCUCUUCUUGGAACACUCUUCUUUACUUGGGUUGUUUUACAACUAUUCCCUGUGGUGUUGACUUCACUAGUAUAUGAGAAACAACAGAAACUACGAGUCAUGAUGAAAAUGCACGGGCUUGGUGAUGGACCUUAUUGGAUGAUAUCUUAUGCUUAUUUUCUGGUCAUCUCUUCGCUGUACAUGCUAUGUUUUGUGAUAUUUGGCUCACUCAUAGGGUUGAAAUUCUUCACACUCAACGAUUAUAGUAUCCAGUUUGUAUUUUACUUCAUCUACGUAAACCUGCAAAUUUCCAUGGCUUUCCUUGUAGCUGCAAUGUUUACAAAUGUUAAGACUGCUUCAGUAAUUGGAUACAUAAUUGUCUUUGGAACGGGACUUUUAGGUGGCUUUCUCUUCCAGUCCUUCAUUGAGGAUGAAUCAUUCCCAAGAGGCUGGAUUAUCACAAUGGAGUUAUAUCCUGGAUUCUCUCUGUUUCGUGGAUUAUAUGAGUUUGGACAAUAUUCUUUCAGGGGAAAUUAUAUGGGGACAGAUGGGAUGCGGUGGGGGGAUUUGAGUGAUAGCACAAAUGGGAUGAGGGAGGUUUUGAUUAUCACUUUCACCGAGUGGUUGGUGGUGCUUUUGGUUGCUUAUUAUGUAGAUCAGGUUUCAUCUUCAGGUGCUGGGAAGAGUCCUCUAUUUUUCUUGCAAAACUUCCGGAGAAAGCCUUCAUCAUCUUUUCGGAGGCCUAGUUUGGAAGGGCUGGGAUCAAAAGUUUUUGUUCAGAUGGACAAACCUGAUGUUAAUCAGGAGAGGGAGAAGGUUGAGCAGUUGCUACUUGAACCAAGCACUAGUCAUCCCAUCAUUUGUGACAACCUUAAAAAGAUAUAUCCUGCAAGGGAUGGAAAUCCUGAGAAAUUUGCAGUAAGAGGAUUGUCUCUUGCUUUGCCUAGAGGGGAGUGCUUUGGCAUGCUGGGACCCAAUGGUGCUGGCAAGACUUCUUUAAUCAAUAUGAUGAUUGGGCUCACAAAACCAACCUCGGGGACAGCAUAUGUUCAGGGUCUGGAUAUACGGACUUAUAUGGAUACAAUCUAUACAAGCAUGGGUGUUUGCCCCCAGCAUGACCUGCUCUGGGAAACCCUAACAGGGAGGGAGCACUUGCUAUUUUAUGGCAGGUUGAAGAACCUCAGAGGUUCUGCGUUGAAUCAAGCAGUGGAAGAAUCUCUUAAGAGUGUCAACCUAUUCCAUGGAGGGGUUGCUGACAAACAAGCUGGGAAAUAUAGUGGAGGUAUGAAGAGGAGGCUCAGUGUUGCCAUUUCCCUAAUUGGGGAUCCCAAGGUUGUCUAUAUGGAUGAACCCAGUACCGGACUAGAUCCAGCUUCGAGAAACAGCUUGUGGAGUGUUGUGAAACGUGCAAAAAAAGACAGGGCAAUUAUUCUCACCACGCAUUCAAUGGAAGAGGCAGAGGUGUUAUGUGAUCGAUUAGGGAUUUUUGUAGAUGGCAGCUUGCAGUGCAUAGGAAAUCCUAAAGAGCUGAAGGCUAGAUACGGAGGAUCUUAUGUAUUUACCAUGACAACAUCCGCGAAUCAUGAGGAAGAAGUCGAGCAUAUGGUACGACAUCUCUCGCCAAGUGCUAACAAGAUAUACCAAAUAUCGGGAACGCAGAAGUUUGAGCUGCCAAAGCAAGAGGUGAGAAUUGCGGAUGUAUUCCAAGCAGUUGAGAAUGCAAAGAGCAGGUUCACAGUUUUCGCAUGGGGUUUGGCUGACACCACUCUUGAGGAUGUCUUCAUCAAGGUUGCUCGUGGGGCGCAGGCAGUCAAUAUAUUAUCAUGAUUCUCAGAUAUCUUCCUCUUAUAUAUAAACAAAUAAAUAACUUUUAGAUACAUAAAUCAGUCGUUUUUGUUUUUUAAUAGCAUUAAUUUAUUUCUCACUUAUAUUUAUUCUCUUCUUUCUAUAUAAAAGUGUCAAUUCCAAAAGUGUUAAAAUGUGAUUU